AUGGUGCUCGGACUCCCUUUCGCCUGCGCGGCCGCCCUUAUACUGUUCGUGCGGAACACCAUUGCGCAGUCCGACAAUUCGACCUUCAGUCUCUAUGCCAACGCGUCCGACAUCUACCCACCGCCCUCUUCUCCUGAAUGCGCUGAAGCACUCUCGUCUUCGAUUCAGUGCUCGGAGCUGCUGAUCGAUGCUAUUCCUUCCUCCAACCUCGGACUUUCUAAUCUUACGGCUUCGGACCUUGGCACUCUCUGUGUCCCAACAUGCUAUGAUAGCUUGAUAACUGUAGCAUCUAACGUUGACAGUGCAUGUGGAGGAUGGCCCUUCAUUAUUUCGGAUACAAGUUACAUUGCAUCCUUGCCAUUCCGCUAUUUCGCUUACUACUGGAAUUUGACGUGCCUUUUCGAUAGCUCCGCAUCCGAGUAUUGCUUAACAGAAGACCAGUCCUCGGUAUCCAAUACCGAUCAGUCUAUUUUAUCCCUUCCUCUAUCACAACUUUGUGGAUUUUGCAAUCUCCAGGAACUUAAUAUCCAAAUGACAAGUGCGUUCGGAUGGGAUGGAUCAUUUGUUCCUGAAUGGGAAAUCAUACAGGGAAACUGCUCGUUUACCACAAACAAUGCAAUCCCGAGUGCACUUUUGUUCAACGCGUCCAACCCUCUUGCAGCGAACGGAACGACCGCAAACGUGACCGCUACGCCGACGCUCACUCCGGCAUCGAACUCGAGCUGCGUCUUUGGUUCGUACACAAUACAGAGUGGUGAUACGUGCACGUCCAUUGCUGCCGCCAAAUCUCUAUCAUACGACCAACUCGUAUCCAUCAAUGGUCUAGAUAUGAAUUGCACCUUGCUACCUCCGCCCGGAAGCGUCAUUUGUCUCUCAGGAGUAUGUCCGCUGUACACCGUCCAACAAAAUGACACCUGUGUAUCAAUUGCAGCAGCGAAGGAUAUCGCCUGGUCCCAGUUACUUGCGUGGAAUCCUCAAAUCAAUUCAUACUGUAGCAACCUCGUAAUGCAAGUCGGGGAGAGUAUCUGUGUCGGACCACCAGGAGGAGGUUAUAAGCCGACCGUGACUCAAUCUGUUGUUACAGGAAGCCCAACUGCUCUUGCGAUACCUACUGCGCCAGUCGCCCCAGGAGCCGACCGAAGUAUCUGCGGUCUUUGGUACACAGCUGUAACUGGUGAUACCUGCCCGCAGAUCUUGUCGGUAUUUCAAUUGACAAAUGAAACAUUCUAUGAGUUGAACCCGGACGUGAAUGGGGAUUGCAGUAACCUUCUCGCAGGGUUCUCUUACUGUGUCGCUGUUUACGGAAAUACUACGACAACAACGUCCCUGUUCGCAGCGCCAACAACCCCCGGAAUUCAGUUCAUUCAAUACAUUGCCGGUGAUUUCCCAGCAAUGGCGGGCUACUUGACUGACAUAGCGAACGUAACCGCCACACCGAGCUUGCCUCCGACCACGACGGUUCCCUACACAACCACUCCAACGGUGAACGCCACCAUCGCACCGGGAUCACUGAAUGCGACGCAGUGUCUCCUAUACUACGAGGUCCAAGUCGGUGAGCUUCACGUUCCAUAUCUGCUACUCUCUUUCCAAUGGGUCAUAGGUGAUUCUUGCCUUGCGAUUGAGGAUGUGUAUGAUAUCUCGGAAUCACAGCUUUUGACGUGGAAUCCUGAGAUAAACGCAGGAUGUAGCAACCUCGUGGUCGGCUGGAGCUACUGUGUAUUCGGUCUGGGAGGUUUCACGCCAACUUCCAUCACGAUACCUCCAUCUUCGACCACCAGCACAACGUCGACGUCGACAACCUCUAGUGCAUCUGCUAUCCCUACUAACGUCGCAAAUGGGACAACUACCUCAGGCUGUUUAUUGUACUAUACUGUUCAAUCGGGAGAUUCGUGUGGUGGUAUUGAGUCUAACUUCAACAUUACCCUUACUCAGUUCAUUGCUUGGAAUCCGGAAGUCAACAGCCAAUGCACCAACAUCGAUGUCGGGCUUGCAUACUGUGUCAAUGGACCUAACGUCACGACGACGACAACGACAACGACAGCCUCACAAACUCCUUCUGCAGCCCCUAUCGCUCCAGGAACAACAUCGAACUGCUCGCAAUACUACACUGUCGUAUCUGGAGACUAUUGCAGCCUGAUUGACUCUAAGUUCGGGAUCACCAUCACCCAAUUCCUCGCGUGGAACACGGGUGUCGAUGCAAACUGUGACAACCUCCUUCUUGGGUACCAGUAUUGUGUGGCUGGUCCUCCUGUGUCCACCACGUCAACGCCAGCAAGUACGACGACCAGCCCUACAGCGAGUCCCACCGCUUCUGGGACAACCUCUCAAUGUACAGAGUACUAUACCGUCCAAUCCGGCGAUACCUGCUACUCGAUUGAGCAGCAGUACGACAUCACGGCGACUCAAUUUUUGGCUUGGAAUUCGGGGCUCAACUCCAACUGCACCAAUCUGGAGCUCGGUUAUGAGUAUUGCGUUGCGGGCCCUUCUUAG